CUUGGCAGUCCGUCCCCCAAUGCAUGGGCCAACGAACAUCGAUGCAUUGCUCAGACACUUGGCACACCGAGUGGAUAAGGCCAAGCAGGAGCUGGCGCAGUUGAGGCAGGCGAAAACAGAUCAAGGCAACAACGACGAUUUGGAAGCCACAGAUGUGACAUCCACAACCACUGGCGACAGCAAUACACCCGAUGACGCUAAGGCUCAUGGCAGUUGCGGGGUGAUCGACAUGAGUUCCAACAACUGGUUCCCCGAGUAUAGUUCCAAUGUGGAAAGUCCACACCGUUCGUCAAUUGAAGCACCACGAGAAGUAAACAUGACAAGGAAGACCAGGACGACGUCGACCGUCGACUUGUCCCUAAGCGAUCCUGUUGUACAUGCGGCAUGUCGUUCCUUGGAACGAUUACUUUGUGCUGACAUCGUGUGAUAUGUAGAUACAUUGCAACGACGAACGAAUGCGAUCGCUGCAGCUAGAAAACCAGCGACUUUUGCAGCAAAAUGUUGAGUUGGGUGUGCCAUCCAUCGUUCAUACGUCCGUUAGUACGCCUUACGUAUCGUGUUUCGACCUUCAUAGACACAAUGCUGCAGACAACCCGUCAGGACUUGGAACGGUGCCGUGCGAGCCUGUGCGAAUGUAAAGUCCUGUACGACAAGGAAGCACAUCGGUCACGGCUACAAGCGCUGGCGCUAACGAUGCUGCAGGACGAAUUGCACUUGCAAACACUAUAGCGAGGGAAGGAAAUCAUGGAUAGAAUGUGUGUUUUGUGCACUUAUUUUAUAUUAGUACCGUACGAAUAGGUGUAAGUACUAGUACUACUACCGGUAGCUUACUAACACUGAAAGUACAGCAGCAGUGUUCUGCAGGUCCACGGGCAAUUCUUAAAUCGGUCCAAAUGUCC